AUGCGGCGCACUUUGACGCAACAAAAAGCUCACGAACCUUGCGACGGCCCGCGUGGAGCGAGCCAUGGCCCAUUGAAAUGCCACGGCGCGUUCCGAAAAACGGGGCGCGUUGCGGCGCGCCGCUUCAAUCGCGGAGACGCAAAAUUGGGACCCACAAGCGAUCCCGCAGGUGACGGGGCACGUCGACCCGUUCGACCCUCCCCAGAAAAAAGUGCGGUAUUCGGAGAGGUGCGGAACAAUGCUGACCCAGGUGUCGUCGCUGGCCGCGUUGGUGUGAAGGAAGCGACCGCGGAAGGGCGGCAACCCUGGAUGAGAGCAGAGGGCCUUUUUAAACGCCGAAAGCGCUCAGCCCUCAUGCCCUUGAGAAACGCGAGGCGCGGUGGUGAUCCGCCUUCGCCGUCUUUGGCGCCACGGAAAAUCCAAAGUUAUGGCCCCGCCCGGCCGCAGUGUGAAAUUCUGAAAGUCAAGGCCGCAAUCUCGGACCAACGACUCGCCGUUGUCCGCGCAAGUCGGAAAACAACGCGUUCCUUCCAAUCGGUCCGGCCGUGGAUAAAUUGA